AUGGACAUCCGAUUCGGCGGCCGCGGACGCAGCAAUUCCCGCAUAUCCAGAAAUGAUGUGCUAGGUACUGACCGCAAUCACCACGAUAACACCAUCACCGAUCAAAAUGACGCUUAUGAUGCUGCCAGUUCAACAAGUGAAGCGCCUUUUUCACCGACAAUCACGAAAUGGGAUUCUGUACAGAGCUUGAGCAAUGUCAAGACUCCUGCUCGCUCGUUCUAUCAUAGGGCCUUUCAUGGGUCUUUAGAUCCGGCGCAAUAUUCUUCUCAUGGUGUCCGUGAACAGACUGCAGAGCUUGCUUCACUUGCCAUCUCCGAUGCAGAGAACAAUUUGUCUGCCGCUUCUGCACCGCCUUUAAAUGACUCUAUACCGCCGGGUCUGGAUAUCUUCCGGCAGCAAGACGCAAGAAGACACAGGGUCAGUCAUGGUUCUACUGACGGCGUCUCACGGCCAACCGCAAGCGACUUCGAGACGUCUGCUCGGUUUGAGCCGUCGUCAAUGUCUUCUCCACCGCAGCUGUCGACUUCCAAUCUAACGGCGAUACUACGUAGCUCGCCGCCAAAUACGAGCCAAACCAGACCAGAGACUAGUACGUCUACGAAUGACUCCGACUCAAGAGGGGUCGACUCGUCUAGCAAUGUGGACGAGGCACAGGACGAGAAUCAGCCGGAUGAAAGUACGGCACUCAUCCGCAAGAGGACGCUCUCAAAGGGAUACAACUAUGGGACUACUGCAGGGGAUAUCGAAAGCCAACCUACUUAUAUUUACGAUGGUCGAAAAUCUUUCCUCCAGGAGGCAUACUCUAGGUCCAAGAGAGUUUUCCAUAUCACCACCCAUCCGAAGUCCUGGGACCGCCAUGUCAUAUGGCAAGAGGGCAUCGUACGUCCUUUCAGUCUUCUUCCUGCUGUCUUUCUAGGCCUUCUUCUCAAUAUACUCGACGCCUUGUCCUAUGGCAUGAUUUUGUUCCCCCUUGGCGAAGCCAUAUUCUCCGACCUAGGCUCAGACGGAAUAUCCAUCUUCUAUAUCAGUACAAUUAUCUCGCAAUUGGUCUUCUCAUCCGGAGCGUCUGUAUUCAAAGGAGGGAUUGGCAGUGAGAUGAUCGAGGUUGUGCCUUUCUUCCAUAAGAUGGCUUUUAUGAUUUUGAGCCGAGUCGGUGAAGAUAAUCCCCGAGCCGUGCUCGCGACAACCAUUCUGUCCUUCUCGCUCAGCUCGAUAUUGACAGGUGUCGUUUUCUUUCUCAUGGGCGUGUUCAAGCUAGGCUCGCUGAUAGGAUUUUUUCCUCGCCACAUCUUGAUCGGCUGCAUUGGCGGUGUCGGGUGGUUUCUGGUCGCUACAGGAGUCGAGGUUUCUGCGCGGUUGCCAGGAUCUUUGGAAUAUGAUCUUGUAACAUUGCGGCAUCUUUUUCAGUUGGAUACGCUGUUCCUUUGGACGGUACCACUUGCUCUUGCUAUUAUUCUACUCGUAGUGAAACGAUUUGUAAAGUCCAAUUUUCUGGUUGGAGGAUACUUCAUCUUGGUUGCUGUACUGUUUUAUAUUGUGAAGUUUAUUGCACGCAUUGAUAUGCAGACACUACGAGGGGGUGGAUGGGUGUUUGAGCCGCCAGCAGCAUCUAAUCCGUGGUGGCAUUUUUACACGCUUUACGAUUUUGACGUUGUCGACUGGCCCGCUCUUGUUGAUACAAUACCUGCCAUGUUUGCACUAACGUUUUUUGGUGUUCUUCACGUUCCUAUCAACGUCCCUGCUUUGGGAAUAUCUACUGGUGAAGACAAUAUUAGUGUCGACCGGGAGUUGAUUGCACACGGUAUUACAAACACAUUAUCAGGAUCUGUGGGAAGUAUACAGAACUACCUCGUGUACACCAACAGCCUGUUGUUCAUAAACAGUGGCGGCGAUUCGAGACUGGCAGGKAUUAUGCUGGCAGCAGCCACCGCUGGAAUCAUGGUCGUUGGGCCAUCUAUCAUUGGCUACAUCCCAAUUCUUGUUGUUGGGGCAUUGAUCUUUAUGCUCGGGAUAGAGCUUAUGGAAGAGGCGUUGGUAGACACGUGGGGCAAGCUACACCGAUUAGAGUACCUGACCGUCGUUAUCAUCGUAGUGACGAUGGGCGCCUGGGACUUUGUUAUCGGAAUUUUUGUUGGCAUCAUUCUAGCCUGUGUCAACUUCGUGGUACAAACUUCACGCAAGUCGGCGAUUCGAGCUACGUAUUCUGGCGAAUUCACUUCGUCAACAGUGAGGCGACCUCCAAUACAGCAGAAAUUUUUGAAAGAUGCCGGAAAGCAGACUUUGAUCAUCAAAUUGUCUGKAUUUUUGUUCUUCGGGACAAUAGUCAAGGUCGAAACGACAGCGCGGGGUUUGAUUGAUGAAGAAGCUUUUACAAGACAGCCGAUAAGGUUUUUGGUUCUAGACUUUUCACGUGUGAACGGUCUAGAUUUUUCGGCUGCCGAAGCUUUGACGCGCAUCAAUCGGAUACUAGGAAAAAGAAACGUGCAGGUCUUGAUUUCUGGGUUAGACGUUGAAGGUGAAGUGGGCAGAAGUCUACAGAAUGUAGGACUAUUUGCCGAUGAGGGUCAGGUUCAAAUAUUCGAGGACCUAAAUUCAGCAUUGGAAUAUUGCGAGAAUGAGUACCUCAAGGUCUUCUACAAUCGCAAGGAGGCGCUUACGGAACAGCAGCAAUCGUCUAGGGCGUCUCUAGAAGUGCCUACAGGUACGGUAGCUGCUAAUCAGCCAUCAUUCCUAGACCCAUAUAGCCAUUCACCACGACGUAACUAUCUUCAACAAGCGGCGCUUUCUACUCUCCGCGAAAACGAAACAUCAGCGAGCAUCACACAGAAAUGGACCACAUUCCGCCAACCUCUCCCGCUUUUACUCCAAACUUUUCACGAUCUUACCACUUAUCAAUCUGAAGACUUUUGGUACCCAGCAUGCGCAUACUUCCGGCGUGAGGCUUAUCCGAAGGACACAGUCCUAUACUACGAAGGUGACGAACCAGAGAUGUUCUACCUCCUUGAAUCAGGCAUGCUCCGCGCAGAAUACGAGCUUCCCCAGGGCCGAUACUCAGAACUCAUCGUCGCCGGCCGGCCAUGCGGAGAACUACCUUUCUUCGGCGGUACGCCGCGCACGGCAACCGUCAAAGUCGAUCAGGAUUGUGUAGCAUGGUGUCUUGAUCGGGAGCGCUGGACGGAACUCAGGGCUGACGAGCCCGAGAUUGCGCAGGAAUUAUUGAUGGUUACGCUCAAGUUGACUGCGGAGAGGAUGGAUAGUAUUACAUCCCAUGUGCUUGCGAUAGCCGGUUGA